CCCGCCCAUCCGCCGUUUCUUCCUGAGCCUCCUGGUCAGGUGUUCGUUGUUCUGAAACGUGAACUUUGCAUUUGGAUAACUAAUUAAGUUUUGUGUGGGAACAAAUACUACCGAGGUCAUGCUCAGACGGAUACUUCAAAUGACUCCUGGGAAGGGAGCCUCCCAGAACGCAGAAUCAGAGCAACCCAGCACAGACCUCAACCACGAUCAGACAUCAGAGGGCUUCAUCUGUCCUCAGUGCAUGAAGUCUCACAACUCUGCAGAGGAGCUCUUCAAGCACUAUGAGCUGUUUCAUGAUACAGGAGACCUCCCUGCUCAUGUGGCUCCCACUCGUGAAGACCUUACAAUGCUUCGGCAAGAGGUUCAGGACCUGCACACGUCUCUCAAGGAGGAAAGAUGGUUCUCCGGAGAACUAAAGAAGGAAUUAGACAAAGUACAAGGACAACUGAAGCAAAACGAUGGUCAGAUGAGCUCAGAGGAUUCAGUCCUUGAAAAGAAGUUGAAUGAAGCCGAGACAGAGAAAUUCAACAUAAAACAGAUGAAAGAUCUGUUUGAGCAGAAAGCUGCACAGCUGGCCACGGAGAUAGUAGACUUGAAGUCCCACUAUGAUGAAGAGAAAAGCCUGAGGGAGGCUGCUGAUCAGAGGCUCGCCAAAUUGACUGAACAACUGCAGAAUGGGAAGCAAGAGAUGGAGAGACUCCAAACAGAGCUGCUGCAGCGACCGGGAGUGGAGGACGUGGAGGUUCUACAGAAGGAACUGGUGCAGGUGCAGACGCUGAUGGACCUUAUGACCCGUGAGAGGGAAGAGGAGUCUGAACACCUCAAAAACCAUUAUGAAGAGCUGCAGGCAAAUUAUACUACCUCAGAGAUUCAAAAACUGGAGAUGACUAUAUCCCAACUAAAAGCAGAGCUGGAGAAGGGUCCACAGGAAGCGGCGGUCUACACGCAGCAGAUCCACCUGCUGCAAAGCAAUCUGAAUAAUUUGCAGCAGCAAUGCCAGAGCCUGUCUGAAAAGCUUGUUCGUAAAGAGAAGGAUUAUCAAGAACUGGAGGAGCAUUUGGGAGCGGAGAAAACUGCCAAGAAGGGAGUCCAAGACAGCCUGAGGGAGAGGGAUUUGGAGGUACAGGAGCUCCAGGCUCGGGCCACAGGGGCUGAAACUUCCUUGCAGAAGGCCCAGACAGAGCUGACAGAGAGAGCUGAAGAGGUGACUAAGCUGAAGAGUGAGAUUGCAGAGCUGGAGGUAAAGCAUGCAGAACUGAAGGUGGAAAGAAAACAGCUGGAGCAACAGAGGGAAGAAAAAGAAAGCCAAGGUGCUCAACAGCAGACUGAGAUUAGUCAGCUGCACAGCAAACUGCUGGAGGCAGAGAGACAGCUGGGUGAGGUGCAGGGCCGGCUGAAGGAGCAGAGGCAGCUGUCGGGGGAGAAGCUAAAGGAUCGUGAGCAGCAAGCAGCCGACCUGCAGCUCAAACUUUCUCGUGCAGAGGAACAGCUAAAGGAAAGCACCAGUAAAAACACAGACCUGCAGCACCAGCUGGACAAAGCCAAGCAGCAGCACCAGGAGCUGCAGGCACUACAGCAAAACACCAAUGGCAAACUCCGCGAGGCACAGAAUGACCUGGAGCAGGUGUUGCGUCAGAUUGGGGAUAAAGACCAGAAGAUCCAGAACCUGGAAGCUCUGCUUCAGAAGAGUAAAGACAUCGUGAGCCAGCUGGAAGCUGAGAGAGAGGACUUGUGUGCCAAGAUCCAGGCUGGGGAGGGCGAGACGGCAGUCCUUAACCAGCUCAAAGAGAAAAACCAUGCACUACAAGAGCAGGUAACACAGUUGACCGACAAGCUUAAAAACCAAUCAGAAAGUAACAAGCAAGCCCAGGACAACUUGCAUAAGCAGGUUCAGGAGCAGAAGACUCUGCUGCGUUCAGCCCAGGACCGAGCUCACACCCUGGAGACCUCGGUCAGUGAACUCACCACGCAGCUCACCGACAGCAAGGAGAAAGUGUCGCAGCUGGAUGCGCAGCUGAAGGCAAAAACAGAGCUGCUGCUUUCUGCUGAGGCAGCCAAGGCUGCACUAAAGGCCAACCUGGAGAACAACCUGGAGACCACUCAACAUGCUCUGCAGGACAAGCAGCAGGAACUGAGUAAAGUUCAGAAGAAGGUGGAGGAGCAGGACCAAAGAAUCAAAGAGAGACAGGAGCUAAGCACUCAGUUAGAAACCAAUCUAAAGGAAUGUAAAGACAAACUACUUGCAUCAGAACAGCGUGUUGAGCAGCUGGAAGGGCUCAAUAAGAAACUGGAGUUGCAGGUUGUGGAGGUGCAGACUACUCGAGAUCAGGCACAGCAGGAGGUGCAGAAGCUGCAGAAGGAGAGUUCAGAGGUUAAACGCAAAGCAAAGGAGCUGCAGCGCUCCCUGGAAACUGAGAAGGAAGGAGCUACAACUCUGCAAGAGGAAUUAAAGAAAAAAGCAGCUGCUUUGAGUGACAUCCAGCAGCAGUUGGGGCGCUGUGAGCAGGAGAUGGCUGCUCUGAAGGUAAAUCUGGACAAAGUGACUCAGGAAGGAAAGAGUCAGCAAGCAGAGCUGGAGAAGAAAGCUCAGAGUCUGACAACAGACCUACAGAAGGCCCAACAAGAGAAAGAGGCUCAGAGGAAGGAGCUUGCCUCGACUCAGGAGAGCUUAGGAAAGGCCAAAAAGGCACUGAAAGACAGUCAGAGUCAACUGGACACUGAGAGGAAGAACCAUAAAUCGGAUGUGGAGGAGAAGGAGAAGUCCAGUGAAAAGGCAAGACAGGAGCUUCUCAAAAACAACGAGGCUAUCACCAAGGCAGCGAAAGAAACUAAAGAGCAGCUGGAGCAGAUAAGAGAGGCAGAAAAGAAAAUGAAAGUGCAGUUGACCUCAUUAGAGCAGCAGCACUCAAAGACUCAGGGGACACUGAAGGAAAAGGAGACCGAGUUGGAGAAGCUGCGGGUGCAACUCAAGACGAUGCAGGGAUCGUUAGAGGAGGAGGUGAAGAAGCUGAAGGGCCGAGUAACAGAGCUGCAGGAAACUGGUGUCAAGAAAGCAGAAGAGGAGAGUAAGCUGAAGGCUCGAUUGUCAGGGCUCGGCAAGGAGCUGGCCUCUGAGAAAACUCGGACAACAGAGCUGCAAAAGAACUUGGAGCAAAGUCAGGAAAACAUCACCAAGCUUCAGUCUGACUUCUACGGGAAAGAAUCUGAAGUUUCUGCCCUGCGUCAAGACCUGAAGGCAUCAGAGGAGAAGCUGAUCAUGACUCAGGAGGAACUGGCUGCUAAUCGAACCCAUCAGACAGGUUUAGAGGCUCAGUUCCAGGAACUGAAAGCAGAGCGGAGCUCAUUGGAACAGGAGCUUGCUAAACGAGACCAGAAGCUGCAACAGCAGGAACAAAUCCUGAAGGAGCUGAAGCAGCAAAAGGGCCAAGUUAAGGAGGAACUGCAGAGGGAGAGGAGCAAGGUGGAGGAGCUGAGCAAAGCCAAGAGUGUUCUGGAAAAGAAUAACACAAAAUUAACUACAGAGUUAAAAACUGUAGCAGAAAAGGGCGAGAAGGAGCUUGGUGAGUUGCGAGAGGCCAAACAGCUGUUAAUCCAGCAGAAACUGGAGCUCCAGGGUCAGGUGGAGGCGACACAAGGUGCCCUCAAGCAGGAGCAGAAAGAGCAUCAGGCCACCAGGGACAGCAGGAGCAAGAGAGAGGAGCAGCUCCUCAACCAAACAAAGGAUGUCCAGGAUAAACUGGUGGCAGAGAAGCGAGCCAGAGAAGAGCAGGUGAAGCGUGGGGAAGAGGCUGAAGCUAAGCUGAGCAUACAAGUGACGGCUUUGAAUGAAAAUGUGGCCACGUUGAAGAGGGAAUGGCAGGCCAGCCAACGGAGAGUAAGUGAGCUUGAGAAGCAGACUGAUGAGCUGAGGGGAGAGAUUGCUGUGCUAGAAGCUACCGUCCAGAACAACCAGGAUGAGCGACGGGCUCUUUUGGAAAGGUGUGUAAAGGGUGAAGGUGAGAUAGAGAAACUGCAGGCUAAAGUGGUGGAGCUCAGGCGGAAGCUGGAUGACACGACAGCAGCCAUGCAGGAGCUCGGCAGAGAAAACCAGUCGCUCCAGAUAAAACAGUCACAAAGUCUCACCAGAAAGUGGGCCGAGGAUCACGAAGUACAGAACUGCAUGGCCUGUGGGAAAGGCUUUACUGUCACUGUCAGGAAGCACCACUGCCGACACUGUGGGAACAUUUUCUGCGGCGAGUGUUCGGCAAAGAGCGCCCUCACGCCAUCCUCAAAGAAGCCAGUACGGGUUUGCGAGACGUGUUUUGAGGAGCUCCAAGGCUGAUUUUUUUUUUUUUUUUUUUUUUCCCCCUUUUUUCUUCCCUUUAUCCGUCCCCCCUCCCUCUUCCCAACCCCUACUUACCGUUUUGUAUUCCAAUGGGCAGAAGAAGGCAUGUCUGUGUCGUUCUUAUUGUGCACUAUGAUGGACAGACCCAGUGCAAAGACUCCCAUCUGCACAUGACUUCUGGUUCCAGUGUUGAAUGAAAUGAUUAAAGGGAUUCCAGGAGAAGACACCAGAGUCGUGCGGUGGGAUGGGAUCGUUCGGGGUUGUCUGUAUCUGUUUUUGUGCCUUUGCUACUCCUGUGGACUGCCAGAGAGCGGAGACAGUGAUGAUGAGACGCCACUCACCUGUUUUUAAGUUCAUAUUCACAACUCCAUCACUCUUUGGCAUCAUUAGCAGUUGUGAGGUGGUUGCUUUGUAUCUUGUGAAAUGUUUGGUUAGACGUUCGGUCAGUGUGACACUGCACGAGUGAAUAUUGUAACAGUGAUGUUAAGAGUAACUUCUGCCCUACAAAGGUAAAUGCAGUUAACUAAGUAUUUUAAGAUUAUGUAAAUAACUUUGUGUCAAUCUGAUCAGAAACACUUAAAUUAUCUUUUUUAAUGCUAAAACUGAGUAAAAUAAAAAAAAGCUGCAAUUUUCAAUUAAUUUAAUGUAAAUACUGCAGAUCUAACAUGUAAACUGUGCUGUUUAGUGUUUAUGUGACUACAAAGCUGCACAAGCUUUUUUAAGUUCAUCAGCUGAGGAUUUCAUUUGAUAUUUCUUUGCAGAUUGUAAUAUAAAAUAAAAAAAAUGGAUCAUGUUUAUUGAUUUCUGUAGAUAAACUGCUGUCAGAUGUUGUCAGUGACACUGUCGUGUGCAGGGACGUAAUUACUACUCAAGGUUUAGGGUUUAAAAAAAAAAAAAAACUGCCUUAACAGAAGCAGUUAAUCAACUUUUGCACCAGCUGUGAUCUGUAUCUAUACAGAACCUGUAAGUCAGUUACUGCAUGUUCCCUUUGUGUGGCAGAGUGUUUGUGAAUCUGUAGUAAUUCAUGUAUUCAGCCUAUUUCAUGACCAAAGAAUGUCUGCAGCAGGACUACAGCCAAGGUGAAAGCCCCGCGGUUGUUUCACGUCAGUAUUUUUGGAAGCUCCGCCUUCAAAAGCUUUUCAGUUUUAAUCAAGUUGGACAUUUUUAAUCUUCAGAAAGUUUCUUGUCAUGUGCUGUCAGUUUUGUUUUGUGUUUUUUGUUUGUUUUUUCCAUGUCCCACUUCUCUGUUUUAUUUUCAACAAAUAUGGUGCUUUCUGCAGACUGGAAAUGCAGUCAUUGAAGGUGCCUACAUGUUUAAUUUUUAUUUUUCCCUCUGCUUGUCUCCACUCAACUGCACUGACUUCAAGGUGGUGCUGCGAGUGUGUGUUUCUGCUCUGCUUUGAAGCAAUAACUUUAGUUGUGUGUGUGAAGUUGCUCUAACAGAGUGUGUAUUCGUGUUGAAGACUGCUGCGCGUGCUUAAAUGCACUGUAUGAAUGUUGGCUGCUCAGAACCUCAGUAUCUCUCUAGCACGUUGUUUGGAAACUUCGUUGCUGCUUUCAGGUACAGCGGUUACUGUCGGUUCUCUGUCAAACAGAACACUGUAAAAGUAAUUUCCUUUAUUUCAAUUAUGGUUGUUCAUUGAUACUGGUAAGAUCUUGUUUGCAGUUGUCUGUAGACUGGAGGAAGUGGUAACACUAAGCCAGACUAUGCACAAUAACCUGCAGCAAACAGCAUGUUUCACUUACCAAAUGACUUCUUUAUGCUUGUAGUCUCAUUACAGAGAAAUGUCCAUUUCAGCUGUAAUCUCAAAAACACUUUUUUUUUUUGUUGAAUUGGUUUCGUCUACCUCAAAUUGGCACAGGAAAAGCACUAUUUUCAAACGAUGGAUAUCACAAAUGUAUCUUUACUUGCAUUUGAUUGAGGAUUUGUGAGUGCUCCAUCAUGACGUACAGUCCCUGAUUUGUAGAGAGAUGAUUUGCACCUUAUUGUAUUCUGGGCUCAUCUGAGUGGAUCCCCAGCCACAAACAUAAGACCACCUACUUUAUACAGGCUUCAGCAUUUCUAGCCCCAGUAACUGCUUAUUAAUACAAAGGCUGUCAUUAUAAAUGUUUGUAAUGAAAGAGAUAAAAAUGACAUUUGGGUAUAGAAACAUGGUAACAGUGAAACUGGGUUGGACUCAUUGUCUUAAUUAUUUUUCUAAAAUGGCACCAUAGACCUGUACACACUAAAUUGUGGCUUGUUUCGUGUUACUAUCAGUUGUCAUGCAUGAUGACUUAACAGGCCUGUGGCUCGUGUUUUUGUCCAUGUUUAGUCAACACACUCUGUGGUUGUGAGGGUGUGCCUUAGGCCAAGAUUACUGUUAGUGGAGAUCAUGUAUCACCACAGUCUGCGCCACUUCAGGUCACCUGAAGGGUUGAGGGAAGAAAUGUAAUUUAUGUUCACAUGCACCAGUUGAUUUUCUUAUUCAUUGUCAUGACAAACUUAAAUAAAAACCUGCAGUAUGUUUCUA